AUGAACGAUGGGGAUGUGUCGAGGCAGAUCCAGCAGAUGGUCCAGUUCAUCCGGCAGGAGGCCGAGGAGAAAGCCAAUGAGAUAUCCGUCUCUGCCGAAGAGGUUCACCUUUCUGUUUUCUCUGCACGGAUCGCAUUUUCGACUCUGCUUCCCUGGUGUCUGGUAUCAUCGGGUUGGCCCUGUUGUUCAUGUAGCGUCCGUUGUUUUACGCUAGAGAAGAGAGGUGGCUUUUUCCGGUUGCACUACGCGAAUUUCGCCCUCUCCAUUGGCUUAUCGCUUUCUCUGCCAUUCUGGAAAUUCAUGUUUCCAGGGAUAAGAUAUUUAUUCUCAACUUGUCGUAUCAAUACGAUUUUUGCAAUUUCACCGUUUACGACAACAGGAAGUACGGUGGGAUCAUUGAGGACUAACAGGAAAGCAUAUUUGUGGAAGUUAUUGGAUCACAACUCUGUAAUUACCACUCGUUGUAGUUCCAUGGUUCCAUUGGUUCCGUUAAUUAUCAUCAUCAACAUUGGCGAUCCUUUGUGAAUGAACUCGCGUGUUAUUUCCAUGCUAGAGGUAUAACAGCCUACUUUUGUAGAUAAUCAGGCCUGGGAACGGUGCUUAAUUUAUUUGAGAUCACUUAUUCUCGCUUUAUUUGUUUCACUGUACCUCUUUGUGAGUUCUAACAUAGAUCUUAGCUCUGAUUCCAGAAAAUUAUGUUCUGCGUUUCUUACGGUUUCAGUGCAAAAUUGGAUGUCACCGAUGUUUUAUGCAAGCAGAAUUUCUAUAACUUAGUGUGUCAUAUAGAAAUUCCCUGCACAAGAAUGUUUUGGAGGUAUAGAAUUUUGACUUUUUAAAAAAAAAUAAUAUUCCCAUGCUGUUAAAUUCUGUGCCACUGAAAAUAUUAUGCCGAUGGAUGUUUAAGGGAAGAACCUUCUCUUUCCAAAUCUGAAUGCGACUUCAUUUUAAACACAAUGCAUCCUUUGGUAUACAUUUUCGUGAGUCCUCUCUUUUCUUAUCCACUGAUGAACAAAGAUAGUUAUUUGAUUAUUUUAAAGAAUUUCCUUGUUUUAGCCCAUCAUCUCAUAGAAUUACCCAUCAUCGCAGGAAUUCAACAUAGAAAAAUUGCAACUUGUUGAGGCUGAGAAGCGGAAAAUUCGACAAGAGUAUGAGCGGAAGGAGAAACAGGUGGAAGUACGCAGGAAGAUGUAUGUCUGCUGUCUCUCUGACUUCAAACACUGCCUCAUCCCAACAGCGUUAUUAAAUAUACAGAAGAAAUGGUUCAAUAAAUGUCAAAUAUUGGAAAAAAUACGUGAUAGUGGCUAUCGUUCACAUCUCACCCAAGGUUCUUUGCAACUUUUCAUGCAGAAGACCAUGUCGCUCUUUGUUGCUACAUCUUGGUUGGCAUCGAUAAAUCAGAAUGUUAUAAUGUUCUUUCUAUCUUUUUAGCACAUCUCCAUCUGUUUUUAAAAUCUGUCGCUUUCCUUAAUUUCCAGAAAGUUGCAUUAAUGUUUAUUCUUCUUUGUUGUGUAAUUUUAACAUUCUUGUUUUGCAGUGAAUAUUCAAUGCAGUUGAACGCCUCCCGUCUCAAAGUUUUGCAAGCACAGGAUGACCUUGUAAGUUCCAUGAAGGAUGCUGCUUGCAAGGAGCUUCUACGUAUUUCUGCUGAUUCUGUUGCAUACACUACGCUCCUCAAAGACUUAGUUGUUCAGGUAAGGUGCAAUACUCUGUUAAAGGUUGAGACACUUACAGACUGAGUUAACCAUGAGGAAACAUUUUUUAGUAGGCCUAGAUGAUAAUUUUUCGUGCAUAUUUAUUUCUUUUAUUCCAUUUUCCCAUGCAUUAAGUCCAUUUUCUCAUGCACGUUUCUAAUUGUGAUGAAUUUUCGACAGAAUACAUCCUUCAUCUCUUUUAACUUGGAUAUUUUGGGGAGGGGGUGAGUUUGAUGUGAAUUUCACCAAAAUUUAUAUUUUGCAAUGAAAUGAAUGGUCGAUUCAUUCAAGUUUCAUUUAUUAAUCUUUGAGAUCCUAGAAAGUGCCGACCAGAUUAUUAUCCCAGGCACAGUCUGAAUUUGGGAAACGUACCAAUCUUGUUCUGGCCAUUCUAAAAGAAGGUGGAAACCAAAAAAUGAUGAAAAAGGUUAGUCGUAGUAGGAAGAGUGGAAGAGAGAAGAAAAUAUCUUACUUUUUGAAUUUUUUUUUUUCUGGCGGAGGGUUUCUUGGAAGAAAGGUCAUGAAGAUGUAUAAUCCAAACCAUUAGUGUUGGAUCCGUGAGCGACAAAGUUGAUGAACAGUGGUUGACCCAAUCGCAGCAGAGUUAUCCUCCACUCUUCAUCCAUCUGUUCUCGUCAAUUUGUCACUUCUCUCUCCUCUUCUUCCCCCAUCUUUUUCUUUUUUGGUGAGGAUCCAGUAAAUUAUCUCCAGCAAAAUCUCCUUUUGACAAUAGUGAACACAGUUUCACAGGAUCGUAAUAUCUGAUCCUUCUGCCCUGGUGCUAAUGAAGGUCGAUAGAAGAUACAAAGAGAGGAAUGUGUAGUCCAUCCUUGGUGAGCGAAAACCGGUUUUUCUUAAUACCGGACCGAAGCCAAGCGAAGGGCCAUUCACAAAGCUAACCAACUGAGAAUUUUCAUUCUGGGAUUUCUUUCUGCUUCAUUUGAGGGAGUAUCCACAUGAAUGCUACUGAUGUGGAUGUGGAACUGAUGAAAAAUGUAUCACAGCAUUGUCACUAGGUGCCUGGUGUCUUCCUCUUUCAUGUUCAAAAACCAAGACUUUCUGGCUUCUCCAUCCGCAAUCGGAGUUUCUGACUGUACUUCUGUAAUCGUUAUUCCUUCAGAUGGCCAUACACUGGGCUCAUACCUGACACCUCGUUUUUCUAGUGUCCUUUCUGGUUGUUCUUCAUCUGCCCGCUUACAUGCAGCACAGGCCCAUCCAUUACUUUAGAACAUCUUGUCUUUAGUUGGUGAUUGACAGAGUAACUAGUUAUGCUUGUUCUUACAUGGAAACCCUCCUUUCGUAUUUUGCACUUCAUUUCUUUACUCUUAAAUCGAGGACAUAAAAAUGAGUGAAAUAAAAUUAAAAAAAACUCGCGGAUAACUCUGCAAGUGCCUAUGUCUUUAAUAAAUGCGUAUGAAGGUCUAUAAGGCAUGCUUUUCUCUUGGUCGAGUGGGCUACCUGGCUGUUGAGGUGACUGUCUAAUGUUUAGGUGAUAUAAUUAUUAAAAUUUAAUGUGCGCUUAUUAUUAUAUUUUCUAUGCGACGAAAUGGCUGUUUAUGGAUCAUACGUAUCUUACAUUUAAGUAUAAACCGGUUGUGUCCAUUUAUCAAUCAAUUUUUCUUCAUAUUUUCAUCCCCCUUCUCAAUGCUUACCGAUCCUUACAGGUUUUGUGCUGAUUUCAGGCUUUAUUACGUCUGAAAGAGCCAACGUUAUUGUUGCGGUGCAGAGAGGCUGAUCUGCCUCUCGUGGGGUCCAUUUUAGACGCAGCAAAGCAAGAAUAUGCUGCCAAGGCCGGCGUUCAUACUCCUCAAGUUACUAUUGACGAGCAAGUGUUUCUUCCUCCACCUCCUAGUCACCAUGGGGCGCACGGCCCUUUUUGGUAAAUUCCUCUGCUAUUUUCAAGCGCAAGCCUUUGAAACCUGGUUGACUUUCCCACCCUCGUAGAGGCCUUUCCGCAAGAAGCAUCCCCAAAAGAUAGUCUCCCCUGUUCUUCUUCUUUUACAGAGGGGAUGGAUGGAUCUUCGUGUCACCAAGAACAGGCCCUUGGAUUGUGUAGAACUGCUUGUUCCUGUUUCUCGCCGUUGACUUCAUCUCUGACGACUCUUUUUCCUCUUUCUUUUUUUGAACAGCUCCGGUGGUGUGGUUCUGGCCUCUCAAGAUGGGAAGAUCGUCUGCGAGAACACUCUCGAUUCGAGGUUAGAACUCGUCUUCAGGCAGAAACUCCCCGAGGUAACCUUUUUUUUUAUGCCCCGUAUAACAUAAACAAAGUAUCAAAAUUUUUAUUUAUUAAAAACCCAUUACGGACAUUUUCUGGGACUUCUUUCCAGAUAAGGAAGCAGCUCGUGGGAAGGGCCACCGUUUGA